GUUGUAAUCCGAAAUGUUCGGCAAUUUUUGAAUGGUUUAAAAAAUUAUCUGGUGAAACACGGCGAGGGCGAGCUACAUGAUCUAAUCGAGAAAGAACGCUCGAGGCUCAAUGCGAAUGAAUUCCUGAACAUCGACGCCAUCUUGGAAGCGGUCCUCCACAAAAUAGUGCUUUGUCCCGUAAAGCCGCAUCUCUAUCAUUUGAUGGUACGCGAACAUUCCAGAAACGGUUGGUUACAGGCGCUUUCUGAAAAUCUCAUGUACGUCCGGACAUUGUCGCCGGAACAGCUAGGCUUCGGUGUGCGUUGUAAGGCAUGUUGCUUAUCUUCUUCGUUUGAUUUUAAAAAAUGGCAUUACCAGUUUAUUGCUUAUUAG